AUGAUGCUACCAGUAGUGUCUCUCCUCCUUUUCCUUUCCACAACCAUCAACGGUCUUUCGGAUUCCGAGGCCAUCCUCAACUUUAAGAAAUCUUUAGUUCUUGGGAAGGAAAAUGCAUUGGCCUCCUGGGACGCUAAAAAUCUUCCUUGCACUUGGGAUGGUGUCUUGUGCAAUGAAGGUACCGUUUGGGGACUGCAAAUGGAGAAUUUAGAGCUUUCUGGUUCUAUAGACAUCGAUUCGUUGGCGGGUUUGACAUCGUUGAGGACUUUAAGCUUCAUGAACAACAAGUUUGGAGGGCCAUUUCCAGAGUUCAAGAAACUCUCUGGUUUGAAGUCACUUUAUCUAUCAAACAAUCAAUUUGAAGGACAGAUACCAGGGGAUGCUUUUGAAGGUAUGGGGUGGUUAAAGAAGGUUUUUUUGGCUGGAAACAAGUUUACCGGUGAAAUACCCAUCUCUAUGGCAAAAUUACCUAAACUUUUAGAGCUGAGACUUGAUGGGAACCAAUUCACUGGACAGAUACCAGAGUUUGAUCAUAAGCUGAAUAUGUUAAACCUUUCAAACAAUGCAUUAACCGGUCUAAUCCCUGAUAUUUUUAGUAUGAUGGAUCCAAAGGUGUUUGAAGGUAACAAAGAAUUAUGUGGGAAGCCUUUGGGAAAAGAAUGUUAUUCUUCUCAAGAACUUCCUACACAACUUGUGGCACCACGCAAAUCGUCAUCAAGGGCACCCUUUAUUAUAACAGGAGUGGUCACAGCAUUUACAGUAUUCAUAAUCCUUGGAGUGAUCAUCUUGCUUAACCGCAACUAUAGGAAGAAACGACCACAACUGGUAAAAGAAACCGGACCAUCAAGUCUACAGAAGAAAAUUGGGAUCCGAGGAGCAGAUCAAAACCAUAGAGAACAUCGGAACGGCUCAGGCACUUCCAAGAGAAUGGCUGCAUCAGGAGGAGGGGAUAACACAAAGCUUACGUUCUUGAGAGAAGAUAUAGAAAAGUUUGACUUGCAAGAUUUGUUGAAGGCUUCGGCAGAGAUACUUGGGAGUGGUUGUUUCGGAGCAUCCUAUAAAGCAGCUCUAUCAAGUGGAGUAAUGAUGGUUGUGAAGAGGUUCAUACAAAUGAACAAUGCAGGGAGAGAUGAGUUUCAAGAUCACAUGACAAGAUUAGGGAGGUUAAGGCACCAUAAUCUGCUCCCCGUUGUUGCUUAUUACUAUAGAAAAGAGGAAAAGCUACUGGUAUGUGAAUUUGCUGAGAGAGGAAGCUUGGCCGUUAAUCUUCAUGGUAAUCAAUCAUUAGGAAAACCAACUUUCGAUUGGCCUACAAGAUUGAAGAUUGUGAAGGGUGUUGCAAAGGGGCUGUUAUAUCUCUACCAAGAUUUACCAAGCUUAAUGGCUCCACAUGGUCAUCUCAAAUCAUCAAACGUUCUCCUCACUAAAACCUUUGAACCUCUACUCACAGACUAUGGUUUAAUCCCGCUGAUAAACCAAGUGAAGGCACAAGAGCACAUGGUGGCCUACAAAUCCCCAGAGUAUUUGCAACACCGACGUGUCACCAAGAAAACCGAUGUAUGGGCACUUGGCAUCCUUAUCUUGGAGAUUUUAACCGGAAAGUUCCCAGCUAAUUUCUUGCAAGGUGGGAACAAGAAUGAGGAGGAUUUAGCCAGUUGGGUGAAGCUGGGUUACCAAGGGGUAUGGUCACCGAGUUUGUUUGAUAAAGAGAUGGGCAAUACAAGAAACUGUGAAGGACAGAUUGUCAGACUCUUGAAGAUCGGAUUGAGUUGUUGCGAACCAGACGUGGAGAAAAGGUUGGAGAUAAGAGAGGCCGCGGAGAAGAUUGAGGAACUGAAAGAGAGGGAAGGGGAUGAUGACGACUUUUACUCAACGUAUGUGAGUGAAACUGAUGGGAGAUCAUCUAAAGGAGUGUCAAGUGAGAGCAUCAACAUAUCAUGA